UAUGGUACCCAGUCGACGCUUCUAAGGAGUUUACUCGCAGCACUGAAAAUGGCAAAAAUAGAAACAGAAGAUCACAGAACAGCACUUUCUCAGUCUUCUUCAUCAUCCUUGACUAAAGCCAUGAAGGAAUCACAGCAAAGCAACUCUGAAGGCACUUUCAAUGGGGAUAGCUUUCACUCCGUUGACAAAUAUAGUUCAAAUUAUUUACCAAGGGAGUUUAUGACAUCUCAGGCAAAAGCAGUUAUUAAAACUACUAAAGAUUAUUUGCAGCCUCAGUUUGGCCCCAACAGACUGUUGCUUUCAGCAGCAAUAUCAGAAAGGUCAGGACUUCAAAAUUGCUCCACACAUCAAACAGUAUCAGAUCAUAGGCAUGGUGAAAUAUCAUACCCGGACAGCUACAAAUCAAACAGAAACAACAAUUCCUGUUUUAUAUCAGCAUCCAAGAGAAACAGACCUGUCAGUGCUCCGGAGGGUCAACCGAGAGUUGUAGAGUUCUCUUCUUUAAAAUUUCAGUCGGCCCAUAAUUGGCACAGAAUCUCUCAAAGACAUAAGCUUCAACCCAGAGUAAUUAGAGUAACAGCUUACAAAAAUGGAUCUAGAACAGUCUUUGCCAAAGUUGCUGUACCAACCAUCUCCUUGUUGCUGGAGGAGUGCACAGAGAAGCUGCAUCUGAACAUGGCCGCACGACGAGUGUUCUUGGCAGAUGGCUCUGAAGCCCUCGAACCUGAAGACAUACCCCAUGAAGCCGACGUUUAUGUUUCAAUGGGAGAGCCCUUUUUAGAUCCAUUCAAAAAAAUUAAAGACCAUCUGUUGUUAAUGAAGAAAGUAACUUGGACAAUGAAUGGGCUGAUGUUUCCUACUAAAGUCAAGAGACGGAAAACCAAGCCUGUUCUUUCUACUAGAAUGAAGAAACUUACUGGGAAGACCUCAGUCCGAAUUCUGUUCUUUAAGAAUGGCAUGGGGCAAGAUGGGCAUGAGGUUAUAGUGGGAAAGGAAACAAUGAAAAAGGUUUUAGAUACUUGCACAAUGAGAAUGAACCUAAAUUCACCAGCCAGAUAUCUUUUUGAUUUGUAUGGCAGAAAAAUUAAAGAUAUUUCAAAAGUUCCUCUGCUUGAAAAAUGCUUGCAAAAUUCCAUCACACCUUUGCGGGGACCAGUUUGGGUCUCUAAGGGAGAAGGUUUCAGCCCCUCAGGAGCUAAGAUAUACAUCCAAGGAGUUCUUUUGGCCUUGUACCAACGCUUAAAGUCUGCAAAAAAAUACUAUAAACAGUAUGCAAUCAGAAUUGCUGUUGUAGAAGUUGGGCUAAAAUAUAACUAA